CACCUGCCCUUCUCUGCUGCCACCAUGAUUCCUCCUCAGCUCCAUGUAACCCUUCCCUUUCGCUAAUGGAUCAUGAUAAGGAGAGGAACAUCGUUCACCGUGGCGCUGGGAACACUUGAUGGCCGCUGCUUGAUGUCACGCCUGCCAUCGCUCCUUCCCAUCACCACUAUGAACAUGAUCAGCAGCAGCAGCAGCAAUGUUGCUGGUUCAAACCCCAAAACCCUGCUACAGCUAACAACUACACUUCUUCAUAUCUUUGGUGGAGAGUGCUAGAAACCUUGGAUGGUUUUGAGGAGUAUGAUUGAUGGUGGUGAUGAAGAUGAUGAUUAUCGAUCGAUCGAUGAUGAGUAUGUGGAUGCCAGGUGGGCGGGAGCUUUAGGGUCUCCCAUAAAUCGGAUCCUCGUGACCUCAAACAACAGAGCAAAGGAAGAGACAUGAAUGAAAAUGAACACAGGUUGUGGAGAUUGAUCAGGAACCAGCUACAACUAGCCAGUAGCCCAAAAUCUCUGCAGAAUAAAACGCAGCGUUUGAUGUGGCAAAACUGCAAUUCUACGAGACUAUGAAGGGCUCGCAUGGAAGAUUGGACUCUCUGAGAAAACAAAACAAGAUAAGCCACGGAUUGCUAUUUGCUAGUCUCAGAGAGGAAGAGGUAGUAAGGUGGUUGUUUCUGUUACUGGUACCGCCGGCGCAGCUGCUUUAAAGCUCUACUCUUCAAUGGAGCUCACCCUUACAAAAUUUUCAUCAUUUCCUGCCUUCAGCAGAAGUAAGUCCUACAGAAGACCUAACCUCGACUUCCUUCCUGUAUUAGAGUGGUUGGCAACUAAGUAAUGGAGUGAGAUUUCAGCUAAUUGAUGAGCUGCCCCAUGGAUGGAAAUCGGGGAAAAAGCUCCCGGCUUUUAUUGCUUGCAGUAGGUUGUUUUUUUUUUCCUCUGCCGGUAGUUUAGAUGUGGGUUUACUUCCGUUUGUUGAAUACACCUUGGUGCUUUGGUUUAAUGUCUCACGCAGGGAAGGUGUUUGACAUAAUGCUUGGCAGAACAUUUUAUGACUGUUGUCACUUCGCUGCUGUGGGGUUAUCUACAUUAAAUCUCAUGAACUGUUUCCCUUGAAAGCUCUGGGCGUAUUGCUCUGUAACAUGAGUUGGGUUCUACUCUAUGGAAUUCCAAACUAGCAGUGAAGUGGGUUUUCCAUUUUAUUCUUGUUUGAGUGAUGGUGUAUAUUUCCCAUAAAUCCUCAACUUCUUUUUCAUCAGUUGGGGUUGGGUUGUUGCUACGGUUUUCGUUUCGUCAAGGUUUUGGUGAAGAGGUGGAACUCUGAACUUAUCAUUUUUGUUGAAGGUCUGUUUUGGGUUUUUCAUUCUUGCCAUUUACACCUUUAGGACUGGAAACUGAUUCCAAGUAGUUUAAACAACCUGUAUUGAUAUGUCCAACUUUGAUGCUAGUAAGUACAGCUGGCGCCAUUGUGUAAGUAUAGUUGUUUUACUUCCAGCGAAUAGCAUCACGUUUAGCAGUCUUCUGGUUUCUAUUGUAAUGAUAGUUUGGGUUGAGUAAUUUGCUACUGUUGUGUUGUCUUGGUCAUGAAAUGAAGCCUAUUAAGUUAUUUUCUCUACUAUGCAUUAUGCUAUGCACUGGUCAAACUUCUUACUUUUACAUUUGUGAAGCAAGUAGGGAUUCCAUGUCCAGAGUUUGGAAUGCACAAGAUUCCUCUGCUGGCUGCUUCUCAAUCGACAUGACUUUUCAAAAUCAGAGGAGAAGAAAACUAUCCACAGUACCCUGUGCUCUUGUGGAAACAGCUGCUUCCGUGGCAAUUGCGGCUACUGUUGUAGGUGCAGCAGCGACCCUGCUCGUCAAUAGAAACAAAGCCGCUGCUGAAGCAAAUGAGAUUCCAUUGAUAACAUGCGAAGCAUGUGGUGGUUCUGGGAUAUGUCCUGAAUGCAAAGGUGAAGGCUUUGUGCUGAAGAGACUGUCGGAUGAGAAUGCCGAUAAAGCAAGAAAGAGCGCCAAGAACAUGGCCACUCGCUACACUGCAGGGCUUCCGAAGAAAUGGAGCUACUGUACCAAGUGCUCUUCUUCCCGAUCCUGCACCACCUGCGAAGGGCGUGGCAAAUUGAGCUACUAGUGUUUGUUCCUUCUGUCAUCUUGUGAUGGAUAUGUGUGUAAAUCCAGGUUCACAUUUGCGGUACAUAACUAAGCAUGUAUACAAAUCGAGCUACUGGUUUUUGUAUCCAGUUCUUGAAGACCCUAGCGAAUAUUUUCCUCUCAAUCACAGGCAACUUCUCACUGGUUGUCUAGGCUUGAACAAUCCAACUCAACUAAGGAGAUUGUUUGUACUAUACAUCGGAUCGAAACAGGUGGUGAAAUUGCUAAAUCAUUGAAGCAUAUAUGCUUCUGACCCCUCAUUUUAGGUACAUGGAAAUGUAGUGGGCUUAUACUGUUUAUGGGCCUGUAUACCGAGGAGAUAUGGGCUAAGACGUAUGUGUGCUUUGAGUGGAUCCGCAUCUCUGGCCCAAUGUUAUAUGAGGAGAGGGAGGAGAUUCCUCAUUCCAAUUUCCAAGUAGGCAAGUGCCAAGUACUGUUUUACUUUUUUUUUUGUUUUUUUUUUGUCAAAAGAUAGUAUAUAUUACUUCCAUCAAAACAGAUAGUUACAUUCUGGAAAACAGCCAGGCUCUGAAAUCAAACAAACGAUUCCCAUUCGGGUACAAAGAGAGGGCUUUUCUAGCUACCGAAUGAGCUACUCUAUUGUUAUCCCGACCUACAAACCGCACACUAAACCCCGGAUGGGCAGCAAAAUAUUGACAAAUUUCUUCCAGGACCGCCCCCAAGUGAUUGUCACGCGAAUCGGCUUGAUUAAUCUUGUCAAUAAUGACCUUCGCAUCCCCCUCGAACCGAACUUCGGACAACCCCCACUCUAAACACCAAGUAAUAGCCUCACGCAGCACAAGCAGCUCCACCACCAUCGGGUCAUCCAAUUGUGCAAAUUGCACUCCUUUAGCCCGAAUGACCGCCCCUCCCGGAUCACAAAGGACCAUCCCACCAGCCGAGUGUGACCCUCCCCUAGUUGCCCCAUCCCACAUGCAAACCAACCGAGAGUCAUCCACAGGGGUCUGGACCACUGGGAAAGACCUCCUUGGCUUCUGGUCAACCGACAGCCCCACCCACUCCUCAAAUUGCUGGUGAAAUUGGCGCAUCAAAGCCGGAAUCCCAAACUGUUUGCCCUCAAAGACAACCCAAUUUCGCGAUCGCCAGAUCCGCCAGAGGAUGGCCACCACCGCCAUAAAUAGCGACGGAUCAUGGACAAGGGAAAGCAUCCGCUUUAGAAACAGAGGAAACGUGUGCCGAGGCAAAGCCUCCCCUAAAUAAUCCAACCCCGAAUAGUCCCAGAGGGCCCGUGCCACCGGGCAGUAGAGAAACAAGUGCUCCAACGUCUCGGGCCCUUCCCAGCAAACCGGGCACCGAAGUAGCACAGGGACCUCCUUCUCAAUGAGUAGGGAUGGCAAUGGGUCGGGUUGGGGCGGGUUUUGUCAAACCCAAACCCAUGGGUUUAUCCGCCCAAAAAACCCAGGGUAAAACCCGUUGGGUUUGAAAAACUCAAACCCAACCCAACCCGCUGGGUAUCCGCGGGUUCAUGGGUACCCGUGGGUUUUUGCGGUAAAAAAUUUACAACAACAAGUUUCUUUCAAAAUAAAAGUUUAACAUCAAUUUUCUCAUAUAAAUUAAUCAUACAAAAAAACACCAAUCUAGAGCAUACAAGCAAACCGCAAAUGAUCAAUACAAAUUGUUCAAAAUU